CAUAUAUAUUUUAUGUUUUAUGUGCCUUACUGACUUACAAUGCAUAAAUUUAGUUUUACACUUUUAUUUCUUUUUUCAGAAAAUAACAAUUUAGAGGAUCAGAAUGUUCACCAACUUGAGGAUAUUUGCAGUGAAUCAUCAGAAAAUAUCCAGUCUGCACAUUAAUACUAUGUGCUGCUGUAAAAUAAGACUUAGUUUAAAAAGAUCAAAGCUACAUGAACCUGUUGGAAGAAAGUAUAGUUCCUUACCAGGCUUAAUAGGAAAUGAUAUCAAAUCCCUUCAUUCCAUCAUUAACCCUCCUAUGGCUAAAAUCCGUAAUAUUGGAAUUAUGGCUCAUAUUGAUGCAGGCAAAACUACCACCACAGAAAGAAUAUUGUAUUAUUCUGGAUAUACACGAUCACUGGGAGAUGUUGAUGAUGGAGACACAGUGACAGAUUUCAUGGCUCAAGAGCGAGAAAGAGGCAUUACUAUUCAGUCAGCUGCAGUUACAUUUGACUGGAAGGGGUAUAGAGUCAAUCUAAUUGAUACACCAGGUCAUGUGGACUUCACCUUGGAGGUUGAACGAUGUUUAAGAGUGUUGGAUGGUGCAGUGGCUGUAUUUGAUGCCUCUGCUGGUGUAGAGGCCCAAACUCUCACCGUGUGGAGGCAAGCUGAUAAGCACAAGAUACCUCGGAUCUGUUUUUUAAAUAAGAUGGACAAAACUGGAGCAAGUUUUAACUAUGCAGUUGAAAGCAUCAGAGAGAAGUUAAAGGCGAAGCCUUUGCUUUUACAGUUACCAAUUGGUGAAGGCAAAACUUUCAAAGGAGUGGUGGAUGUAGUAAGUAAAGAAAAACUUCUUUGGGAAGUUAAUUCGGAUGAUGGAAAAGACUUCGAGAGAAAACCCCUCUUGGACGUGAGUGAUCCUGAAUUGCUGAAGGAGACAAUCGAAGCAAGGAGUGCCUUAAUUGAACAAGUUGCAGAUUUGGAUGAUGAAUUUGCUGACUUGGUUUUAGGAGAAUUUAGUGAAAAUUUUGAUUUGCUACCAGCUGAAAAGCUGCAGACUGCAAUACACAGAGUAACACUGGCUCAGACAGCAGUGCCUGUGCUUUGUGGAAGUGCCCUGAAAAACAAAGGUGUACAGCCCUUGUUAGAUGCAAUCACUAUGUACUUGCCUUCACCUGAAGAGCACAAGUAUGAAUUUCUGCCAUGGUAUAAAGGUGACUUAUGCGCACUAGCAUUUAAAGUUCUGCAUGACAGGCAGAGAGGACCACUAGUUUUUAUGCGCAUUUACUCAGGCACAUUGAAGCCCCAAUUGACCAUCCAUAAUAUUAAUGGAAACUGCACUGAGAGAAUAAGUCGUCUGCUUUUGCCAUUUGCUGACCAACAUGUAGAAAUCCCUUCACUGACUGCUGGUAACAUUGCUUUGACGGUUGGACUUAAACAUACUGCCACUGGAGACACCAUUGUCUUAUCUAAGUCCAGUGCAUUAGCUGCAGCUCGUCGGGCCGGAAGGGAAGGAGAGAAGAAGCAUAGACAAAACAGUGAAACAGAGAGACUUCUAUUGGCUGGAGUGGAGAUUCCAGAACCUGUUUUCUUCUGUACCAUUGAACCACCUUCAGUGGCUAAGCAGCCAGACUUGGAUCAUGCAUUGAAAUGCCUUCAGCGUGAAGAUCCCAGUUUGAAAACCAUCCUAUGUGGUAUGGGGGAGUUACAUAUUGAGAUAAUUCAUGACCGCAUCAAGAGGGAGUAUGGCCUGGAGACCUACCUAGGGCCUCUCCAGGUGGCAUACCGAGAGACCAUCCUAAACUCAGUUCGCACCACAGAUACCUUAGAUAGAACUUUAGGGGACAAGCGGCAUCUUGUGAGUGUGGAACUGGAAGUACGGCCAACUGAAGCUCCAUCUGUUGUGCCGGUAAUCGAGUAUGCUCCAGGUGUCAGUGAAGACCUUCUGAAGGUCUCCCAAGAGGCUGUUGAAAAUGGAAUUCACAGUGCGUGCCUCCAAGGACCAUUGCUUGGAUCCCCAGUUCAAGAUGUGGCAAUUACUUUACAUUCACUGAUGAUUUAUCCUGGAACCUCCACAACUAUGGUUUCUGCCUGUCUCUCAAGAUGUGUACAAAAGGCUCUGAAGAAAGCUGACAGGCAAGUGUUAGAGCCUCUGAUGAAUCUUGAAGUUACUGUCACUAGAGAUCACCUCAGCCCUGUCCUGGCAGAUCUGGCGCAAAGAAGAGGGAACAUUCAGGAAAUACAGACUCGCCAGGACAACAGAGUUGUUAUUGGAUUUGUUCCCUUAGCAGAAAUUAUGGGUUAUUCAACUGUGCUUCGGACACUAACAUCAGGCUCAGCUACUUUCGCCUUAGAGUUAUCUUCUUAUCAAGCCAUGAGUCCUCAAGACCAGAGCACACUGCUUAUCCAGAGACGUGGCUCGACCUGAGUGCUUUAGGUCCUUGGAAUGGAAAAAGUUCAGGAGCAUAUACCUCCCUACUUCAUUUUCAGUAAGAAAUGUUUUAUCUAUUGAAAAAAAAUUACUGUUUCAGUACACUCAAAGAAUUAGAUGAAAGAUGUAACUUGAAAACUGAUAAUGGUACUGGAGCUGCCCAUUCUAUUAAAUAAUAAGAAAUGUGCUUUGUUUCCAGUAAAUGCACCUGAACCAUGUUGCCCCUAUGAAGUUUUACUGUGAAUAGUUAAAUUCAGCCCUAUGGAAUAUUUUGAGUGGUACAGAGGGGUGUGCUUUUGUUUUUUUACACUUAUCUCACAAUAAAG